AUGGGUGUGGAUGUCCCUGUUUUAGAUUGGAAGAAGGAAUCCCAAAAUGGGUUAAAGCCACCUGGAGCCUGGCACUUUAAAUUUAAUCCUUCCAAAAGGUUUAAAAUAAUUCUUGACAAAUACAGAAUUAUCAAAGUUCAGGGAGAACUACACUACAGAUCCGAAUUCGGUAAUCCUAGAAGUGUUAUGAAGAAAAAUAAAAAAAUCAGUUCUAUGGAUCCUCAACCGCUUCCUACAAACGUUCCUGUCAAAGAAGCUAAAGUUAUAGCAGUGGCUAAAUUAUUAGAAGGUCACUACGGCGAAAACUAG